AUGAGGAGUUACGCAAGGCCUGAUGUUUACAAGCCGCGGGGGCCUCCUCCGCCCUAUAAAGCCAACGCGGCGGGGAGCGCGGCCGAGACCGAGACUGGUGGAAGGGAGGGAGGCCGUCCCCGGAGGGCGUCCGAAGAGCGUCCGAAAGUUCAUGCGCCGGGCGGAGAGAGGACCCUCCACUCGGCUAGCAGCAGGCGUGGUUCGCGGAGCGCGUGCUGGCAGGCGGCCGCAGGGGUCGCGGAAGGGUCGGCGCCCGAACGCGCGCUCCCCAUGGAGGGGCCCGAGCUGGGCCCGGGGCUGGUGGAGCGUCUGGAACAGCUGGCGACGUGCCCGCUGUGCGGGGGCCCUUUCGAGGACCCGGUGCUGCUGGCAUGCGAGCACAGUUUCUGCCGCGCGUGCCUGGCCCGCUGCUGGGGCGCCCCGCCGGCCGCCGGCGCCCAGGCAGCCCCCACCGCCUGCCCCUGCUGCGGCCAGCCGUGCCCCCGCCGCAGCCUGAGGUCCAACGUGCGGCUGGCGGUGGAAGUGCGCAUCAGCCGGGAGCUGCGGGAGAAGCUGGCUGAGCCGGGGGCCCGCGCGGGGAGGCGCAGAGGGGGCCGCAUCCCCACCAUGGGCUGCCUGGACCCACACGGAGAGGAUAUAAGGAAGACUUGGAGAAGACUUGAUGCCCCACCACCCAAGUCAUCUAACUCAGACGAUGCUCUCCCCGAAGAUUAUCCAGUGGUCAAAAACAUGCUCCACAGACUGACGGCCGACCUGACCCUGGACCCUGGCACCGCGCACUGCCGCCUGCUCAUCUCGGCGGACCGCCGCGGCGUCCGCCUGGCCCCCCCGGGGACUCCCGCGCCCCCCGACGGCCCCGCGCGCUUCGAUCAUCUCCCGGCGGUGCUGGGCGCACAGGGCUUUGGGGCCGGCCGGCACUGCUGGGAGGUGGAGACCGCCGAGGCCGCCUCCAGCCCAGACUCCUGCGGGGAGGACGAGGACUACGGCGAGAGCCGCUACGCCGUGGGUGCGGCCGGGGAGUCGGUGCGCCGCAAGGGCCGCGUGGGGCUGUGCCCCGCGGGGGCCGUGUGGGCCGUGGAGGGCCGCGGUGGCCGCCUGUGGGCCCUCACGGCUCCUGAGCCCACCCCGCUGGGCGGCGCCGGGCCCCCGCCGCGCCGCAUCCGCGUGGACUUGGACUGGGAACGGGGCCGCGUGGCCUUCUACGACGGCCGCUCGCUGGACCUGCUCUUCGCCUUCCAGGCGCCGGGGCCCCUGGGGGAGCGCGUCUUCCCGCUGCUCUGCACGCGCGACGCCCGCGCCCCGCUUCGUAUCGUGCCGGCCGAAGGCUGAGUCCCACCCACACCCGCCGGGAGCGAGGCACUCACGCAGGGGUGCGCACCCUUCCACUUGGCCUCAGUGUCCACGCCUGCCCCUCCCUCCCGGACGCGGCUCCACGUUCGGUUACUUCCCGCCUCAUCUCUCCCCUCCCACCUUCCGCUAGUCCAGACCGGAACGCUCCACCAGGAUCCUAACCCACGGCCUCCCUCCCCGCUCCUGCCUCCUCUCCUGGUCUCCAGGAAGGGCCCAGUCCAUCUCCACAGCUCUGAGGCUCGGGCUUCCCUGCCCUGUCCAAUCGGAGCUUCCUCUUCAAGACUGCCUGGGUCCCAGGGCCCUCUAGGCGGCUUACUGUCCUUUUGGGGAAAGGGGCAGGCAGCUCUACUCCGUGCUCAUGGCCUUUCCCCCUUUGGAACC